AACCAGCUCAUUUCACACAGGGUGAAAUCCAUUCCCUCCAGGCAGCGAGUGUUAAUCCUGUACUCUUGAGACGCAGGGAUGACAUCCAGGGCAGACAGAGUAGCUCGUCAGCAGGACCUGGACCAAGGCAUCGGUACCAACCAGAACGCAACCAAGUACUCUCAGCAGGACUUUGACGCUCUGCAACAGCAGUGUGUGAAGAGCAAACGGCUGUUUGAAGACGACUGCUUUCCAGCAGAAGCCAAGUCACUGGGCUACAAUGAGCUGGGACCGUACUCAUCCAAGACCAGGGGAGUAGUUUGGAAAAGGCCAACGGAGCUGUGUUCUAACCCAAAGUUCAUUUCUGAUGGAGCCACGAGGACCGAUAUUCGCCAAGGAGUUCUGGGUGACUGCUGGCUCCUGGCUGCCAUAGCUUCCCUGACUCUAGACCAGCAGUUCCUGGAUCGUGUGGUUCCACCUGGACAGAAUUUCUCUCAAAACUAUGCUGGAAUAUUUCACUUCCAGAUAUGGCAGUACGGUGAGUGGGUGGACGUUGUGGUUGAUGACCGUUUACCCACCAAGGAUGGGAAGCUGCUGUUUGUCCACUCAGCCGAGGGCUCAGAGUUUUGGAGCGCACUGCUGGAGAAGGCCUACGCUAAACUGUACGGCUCCUAUGAAGCCCUUGCAGGUGGAAGCACCACUGAGGGCUUUGAAGAUUUCACAGGGGGAAUUGCAGAAACAUACUCCCUGAGCCAGGCACCGCCAAACCUCUUCCAGCUCAUGCAGAGGGCCCUGAAACUGGGCUCGCUGAUGGGCUGCUCUAUUGAUGUAAGUCUAGUUUUCAUACUGAUUUGCAUAGUCGUUUGCAAACAAAUAAAUACUCAUCUGACAUGUUUGUUCUUCGUCUUCAAGGAUACUAGUACCUAUGAUAUGGAGACACUUAGAGCUGUCAAACUUGUAAAAGCACAUGGGUAUUCAGUCACCGGAGCCGAAGAGGUGCAUUGCCAAGGCAAGGGGGUUCAGCUAGUUCGCAUCAGAAACCCGUGGGGUGAGGUAGAGUGGACGGGUCCCUGGAGCGAUGGAUCCAUUGAAUGGAACAACAUCAGCAAAGAUGAGAAAGAAAGGUUGAAUAAUGUGUCUGAAGAUGGAGAAUUUUGGAUGUCCUACUCAGACUUCAUCAAGAACUUCUCCAGGGUGGAGAUCUGUAACCUGACGCCAGACACUCUGACCAGUGAGGAUGUUCACCGCUGGAACUAUUACCAGUUUGAAGGCAUGUGGAGGACCGGCUCCACUGCCGGGGGCUGCCGCAAUCACGCAGCCACAUUCCCAUUCAACCCCCAGUUCGUGCUGCGCCUGGAGGAUUUAGAUGAUCAUCCGCUGGAUGGGAAACCAGGAUGCACCUUUUUGGUGGGGCUGAUGCAAAAGUCACGUCAGCAGAGGAGGCUGAACCGAGAGUUUGAACCCAUUGGCUACGCCAUCUAUCAGGUCCCAGAUGGGUACAAAGGCAGCAGCAGUGUGCGUCUAGGUCCAGACGUCCUGCUGGGGCAGGACCCUGUUGCCAUGUCCAGCUUUAUGAAGGAACGUGAAGUGUGCGAACGCUUCAAACUCCCUCCAGGAGAAUACGUCAUCAUUCCCUCCACUUUCCUUCCUCACAAAAACGGCUCUUUUACUCUCAGGAUGUUUUCUGAAAAGCAUGCUCCAGCCAGUCCCCUGGAGGCGGAGAUCGGUGCUAAGAUGGUGGUGGAGGAGACCUUCGAGAAGAAUGUGGAUCCUUAUUUCAAGCAGCUCUUCAAGCAGAUUGCUGGUUCUGACAAUGAAGUGUCUGCCCAUCAAUUGCUUGAGAUUUUGAACAAGGUCGUCUCAAAAUGGACUGAUGUCAAGACACAUGGCUUCGGCCUGGAGACAUGUCGCCUCAUUGUCAGUCUGCUGGAUAGAGAUGACAAUAACACACUGGGACCACUGGAGGUUCAAGUGCUUUGGACAAAAUUGCAGAAAUACCUGGAGAUCUUCAAGAACCGUGACACAGACCACUCUGGCACCAUGAGCUCACACGAGAUGAGAGACGCUGUCACUGAAGCAGGUUUCCAGAUCAACAGUGCCGUGGUGGAGGCGAUCGUCAGUCGUUACGCUGACGCUCAGUACGCCAUAGACUUUGACAGCUUUGUGGGUUGCCUCAUCAAACUGGAGAUGCUCUUCAAAAUGUUCAAGUCUCUGGAUAAAAACAACUCAGGCAAGAUUGAGCUGGACUUACAGCAGUGGUUGUGUCUGGCCAUCUACUAAUUCUGGAGCGAAUCAGAGCCGUCAUCGACACUACUACAGCAGUGAUGUCACUCAUUUUCAAAUGUUCAAUCUAGAUGUCAAUUUAAUUUUUUUUACAUUUUAUUUUUCAACAUUCUUCCUAUUGACUCGAAUGCACGCUCAUAUUGUUACCAUAGCAACUAGGUGUGGCCCAUAACGAGCAGCUCAUAAUGGUGGUGGAAGAAAUUUAAAGUUAAUUCAUCAUAUCUGUGUGGAAUUUAAGUGCAGGAUUCAGGUGGUGACUAAAGGUAUUAAGUGAAAAUAAUAAAGCAAAGGGUUUUUCUGAGCUUGUUUUGCAUUAUGAAAAUAAAAGUGCACUUACUUAAAUCCAUGCUAGGAUGUUGUCUGGCACUUCUACUGAUAUCUGCCUCAAGUGCUACUAAGUACUAAGACUCAAUGGUAAGCUGUAUCGCCUCUUUACAUCCAUUAAACACAAUUUUAAAAAUUGGGCAAAAUGUUAAAAUAGUGAAUUUUUGUGUUUUGUGUUCAUAGAGGGUGUGAAUGAGGCAUCAAAGGAAAAGACAGUGAAACAACAGCAUAUAUAAAUGUACAAGCCCACUGUGUAAAAUAGACAUAAAAACCGAAUGUAUGUGAGAGGCGACGCUCAGUCUAACCCACACGUCCAUAUCAGAUGUGACACAGUGAGUGCCUGCAAGAAUUUACCAGUAGAUGUCACAACAGUCAUAGAUCUGGGCUUUACAGCCUUUUGGGCUGUGGCCAGACUUGCAGCAGCAGAAAGGCUUUAACUCAGAGCUAUGCAGCAGCCAUUUCCUGUCAUGUGUCGCUCAGAGCUGCGUUUCCUCUUUGUCAGAGCAGCUCCUCGCUGCCGUUAGCUCUGGUGAACAGUGAAUAAAAUCCACAAUCAAGCUAAACUGAAAGGUUUUAUGAAAAUCUUGCUUCAUACAGAUAAUAAAUUUUACUUUUUAUAUAUAUACGUGGAUAGAAGUUGGAACAGGAUAUGAGGAGGGGGUGGGGGACUCUGGUGACUGGUGAGGAAGCAAGUUUCUGAAUUUAAAAAUAGCCUCUGUGGAGAAACAUUUAGUCUCUAUUAAAGUUGAAAUGGGACUUGAUCUAUGUGGAGAACACUAUGCAGAAAAUACUCAGCAGGAUAUAAGUAUGGAUUUUAUAUAGCAACAUUUGAAAGGAACACAGCAGCAACAAGGACCGGGUGUGUGGUAUAAAAUCCAGACCACAGGUUGCACCACUUGUUAAUAAAUGUUAAAUCCACAUCAGUACUUCACAAUCGCUUACCCAACGUGCAUCCAUGGGUUCA